AUGCUCAAAUACGCGACCAGUAGCUACAGCGGAUCACUCAGUUCGACGGUGGCGCCAGUAAUUACUCGCAAAACCUCGUUUUUGUAAGCGUUUUGUUCUACUGAUAACGGGUUAUUGACACUUCAUAACAUUACUGAUAUGUUAUUCAUAAUACUAGCGAUAUAGGGGUAAUAACUAUAGUGAUAUUGUAUGUGUUAUUACUGAUAUCUUGUUAAAAGCCUUAGUGAUAUCUUGUAAAGACCAGAGUUGUUUAGUAGUAAUUGCAAUGUAACUUUAUUUACUUUUUCAAAAUCAACUUCAAAAUUUUAAGGAAUUCAGAAUGCGGCUACAGCAAGUCCACGGUGAUAUUCAAGCACGUAUCACUGCCCUUGGUGUGGCCUUCUUCAGAAUAUUACGAUAGUAGAAGAGGCAAGUGCACUAUAUCACCUUUAUUUACUCUUGCUUAAAAAUUGAUAGAAUUAGUUGAGGCUACCUACUGAUGCCAUAUCUUUGCCCUAAGACAAUAUUAAUGUUACAGAACCCCGCACCUUUGCCGUGCAACUGUUGUUCAAGACUUCAGACGGCAAAGAAGUGUAUUCGAAGCCAGUAGAAGGAGUAGAACGAAGCCAGAUUGACAUUUUCUUUGAGCAGGUAUUCUACAUGUAAGUCUACAUUACAGUAGGAGUAACGUUUCAGAGAGAACCAAGGACCAGACUUUGAGAUUGAGAUUCUGGUACUCUGUAAGAGGACCGAUCGCUUUGCCGAGACUAUCUUCCACACAAUGUCAAGGUCCAUCAGUAGGAGUAUGGGGCAUUCGUUUGUAAGUAGACAUAAUACUCCACAAUAUUUAAAAUGACAUCAACGUAGCGCGACAUUUGGAGAAAUGAAAAAUAAGGACACGAUGAAUAAGGAAACGAAAUAAUGGGAAAUACACUAAUUUACAAAAUUCGUGUAGUGCCACUUUGUUUAUCUCUUCUUAUUGUCUUCCUUCAGAAAAAGUACAUGACAGCUUCAAACACUUUGGCCGAGUUUGACCGUAACAAAUUCGAAAACUACCGUAACCCCGGAAGCAUGAUUACGGUAGCCAGUGCCAGUUUCAAACUGUGCAAUUGCAGUAUCUCAGGCCAGACACACAACUACACCCUCCAUUUACAUCAACAACCUCCAACCGUACCUCAAUCUCACGUGUUACCAUUGUUCGGUCGCAUCGUAUGUCAAUGUCUGAUACAGCCUUUGUCAUUGGCACAGCCGCUAGGCCAAGGAACGCUGAACGUGUUCUACGAAGAUGGCAACAUCAUACUACAACAGUUGUUCUGUGUGCUACGAGGAACCUUCCUGAGGUGCUUUAACUGUGAACCGAGUAGAAUCAAGGCUACCACCAAGCCUGACAUGGUAUUACCUAUUGAUAAGGUGACUUUUAAGUUUAAGAAGGUCUUUUGGUGACUUUGUUUAUAUUGUUAAUAAAUUUAUUUUCAGAAUACCAGAAUAGAACCAACUCCCUUCCCAACGUCAGUCAGGUUAAAGCUACUUGAUGUGUAUACUCAGAAGGUUCAGAAUUUUAUAUGUAUCGCUUCUACACAGACCUCGUUCUUGGGGUGGAAGAACGCCUUAAAACUACAGAUUCGAGACUCAGGUACGGCAACAAUGUUCUUUAAAGCAAUGUGUUACAGUACCUCUAAAACACCAAUGUACAGUACCAUAAAACUAUUUUUCAUUUUCUGAAUUCUCAAAAUUGACAUAUUAUACAAGGUAAAUUCAACUUCCAGAAGUAUGGGACAGUUUUGCCAACUCCAAAAUCAACGUCCACGGAGCUUUGUUACCUAUAUUACCUCCAAAAACCGUGCGAUUUGGGAAUACGGUAUUCAGUUCGACUGAUACGGCUCCACCUCGAUAUGGCUUCGAACUCCAAUCGAUACGGAAACGGUCUCAGCUACAGAUCAAUACCUACAAAGAAAAUGGCACCACAAUUGCUACGAAGGACAACGCAAAUGGCACUACUAGUCCUAUAAAGGGGAAUACGGUAACCAAAACUGAUAUGCCAAGAGCAGAGCUACCAAGGUCACACUUUGAAGCUAACAAAGCUAUAGGAAAGCCGAUUGUACCGCCCAAACCCAUAGUGUCACCCAAACCAGUUGCAGUGUUAACUAACCCCCAAGACAAAAGUAAAGAAAGUACGAGACAGCCGGCUCUAUCAUAUAAACCAGCUGUACCUCUAAAGCCAGCUCCAAGGUAUCAUCAAUAUACGGUAAACGACAGUGCCCCGUACGUGUUGACAUUGAAGAUAGGAGAAGGUAAGAUAACUUUUGAACAGUUUAAUAGCUUUUCCUCGUUUAACCUACCUGACGUUGUAGGUGUAACACGUAACCCUUCAAGCGUUGUCCACCCACGAGGCCGUUCCCAGACAUACGAUGUCAGCUCGCCUUUACACGAAUACACCCGGCUGUAA